UUCCGUACACAGCGUCACAGUUUCCUUUCAUGCGUAAACUGGUCAGCUGCUUUUUUCUAUCUGUAUGAACAACAUUUAGUGAUAAGAACCGUGUCUUGCGUUAUUAGAGAACGUUACUGUAUACUUACAUAAAAUGGAGACCGAUAAUGGACCUCGGAAGAGAUUGCACGUGGAGUUUGCCCAGUCGGGCUCAGAAGGAUCAGAGGAUGAUGAUUAUGUUCCAUACGUUCCAGUCAAGAUAAGAAAACAACAAAUGCUAAAGAAAAUGCUGCGCCUGCGAGGGAAGGCAGUGGACGAGGACCACAAGGACAGUGGGGAGGAGCAGAGGGACGAGGAUGAGGGUCUUGGUCCACGAUCUAAUGUCAGUCUCCUUGAUCAGCAUCAGCACCUCAAGGAAAAAGCAGAAGCCCGGAAAGAGUCGGCCAAAGAGAAACAGCUGAAAGAGGAAGAGAAGAUUCUUGAGAGUGUUGCUGAAGGCAGAGCUCUGAUGUCUGUAAAGGAAAUGGCCAAAGGUAUCAUAUAUGAUGAUCCAAUAAAAACAAACUGGAAGCCUCCCCGUUAUAUCCUUAAUAUGCCAGAAACACGGCAUGAGCGGGUCAGGAAGAAGUUUCACAUCCUGGUUGACGGAGACGAAAUCCCUGCUCCAAUCAAAAGCUUCAGGGAAAUGAAGCUUCCACCAGCAAUUCUAAAGGGUUUGAAAAAGAAGGGUAUUGUGCAUCCCACUCCAAUUCAAAUCCAAGGAAUCCCCACAGUUCUUUCAGGUCGUGACAUGAUUGGCAUUGCAUUCACUGGAUCAGGAAAGACUUUGGUUUUCACUCUGCCCAUCAUCAUGUUUUCCCUGGAACAGGAAAAGAGGCUGCCUUUCUUUAAGAGAGAGGGACCAUAUGGACUGAUCAUCUGUCCUUCACGAGAGUUGGCGAGGCAGACGCAUGGCAUCAUUGAAUAUUACUGUAAACUGCUGGAGGAGGAGGGAGCUCCUCAGCUGCGCACUGCCCUCUGCAUUGGAGGAAUGUCUGUCAAGGAACAGAUGGAGGUCGUGAAACAUGGGGUCCACAUGAUGGUUGCCACCCCAGGCAGACUAAUGGACUUACUGCAGAAGAAGAUGGUGAGUCUGGACAUCUGUCGUUACUUGUCUUUGGAUGAAGCUGAUAGGAUGAUCGACAUGGGAUUUGAGGAAGACAUCAGAACCAUUUUCUCCUAUUUCAAGGGGCAAAGGCAAACCCUGCUUUUCAGUGCUACUAUGCCCAAGAAGAUCCAGAACUUUGCUAAGAGUGCGCUAGUUAAACCCAUCACUAUUAAUGUGGGUAGGGCUGGAGCUGCCAGCUUGGAUGUCAUUCAGGAAGUGGAAUAUGUCAAAGAGGAAGCCAAGAUGGUGUACCUGCUGGAGUGCUUGCAGAAAACGUCACCUCCAGUGUUGUUAUUUGCUGAGAAGAAGGCUGAUGUGGAUGCCAUCCAUGAGUAUCUGCUGCUAAAAGGAGUGGAGGCAGUGGCCAUCCACGGAGGAAAAGAUCAAGAGGAAAGAACAAAAGCCAUAGAGGCAUUCAAAGAAGGAAAGAAAGAUGUCUUGGUCGCCACAGACGUUGCCUCCAAAGGUCUGGAUUUCCCAGCUAUACAGCACGUAGUGAACUAUGACAUGCCCGAGGAGAUAGAAAACUAUGUCCACAGAAUUGGUAGAACUGGACGAUCAGGCAAGACGGGUAUUGCCACAACGUUCAUCAAUAAAGGCUGUGAUGAGUCUGUAUUGAUGGACCUGAAAGCGCUGCUAGUUGAAGCCAAGCAGAAGGUUCCGCCUGUUCUCCAGGUUCUCCAGACGGGAGACGAGACCAUGCUGGAUAUCGGGGAGGAGAGAGGUUGUACAUUCUGUGGUGGUCUUGGUCAUCGUAUCACAGACUGUCCUAAACUGGAAGCCAUGCAGACCAAGCAGGUGACCAACAUCGGGCGGAAAGACUACCUGGCUCAUAGCUCAAUGGACUUCUAAGAGUUUUUUAUUUGUGGGAAGAUUCUCCAAAUCUGAACGGAACUGAGAGUCACUGAACUAAGGAAGUUUAUUUUUAUCAUGAGCUUUAUUUUGUCUUCAGUCAGUUAAAAAUAUUGCUAUCUUGCACCGUUUUCCCCCUCAAUGUUUCCCAUUCUAUAAGUGUACCCUUUGUAACAUAGAUUUUUGGUAAUAAUGAAAAUUGUAAAUAAAACUACUUUGUUCUGUA